AUGUCCACACCAGAACCUCCCAUGGGAGGCAGCUCCCGCCCUGGGCCCUCCCCAGGCCCGGGGCCCUCUCCUGGGGCAAUGCUGGGCCCCAGUCCUGGGCCAUCACCUGGCUCCUCCUCUGGUCAUUCCCAACCAGGACCAUCUGGAUACAGUCAAGACAACAUUCACUCACUACAUAAACCGGUGGAAGGUAUGCACGACAAGAACACAAAUGAAGACAGUCGUUACAGUCAGAUGAAGGGACUCUCUUUGAGGCAGGGUGGACAUAGUGGCAUGGGUCCACCACCCAGUCCCUUGGAUCAACACUCACAAGGAUAUCAUUCCCCUCUAGGUGGUUCAGACCACUCCAGUCCCAUUCCAUCCAAUGGGCCCCCCUCUGGCCCACUGAUGGCAUCAUCAUCAUCCUCUUCUUCCUCUGGAGGGCCUAGCACAGCCUCCACUCCCCUAGAUAGUGGCAGUGGAGAACAACAUUCUAUGGGCCCCAAUAAUCGCACUGGGCCUCCAGGUAGCUCCGGACCAGGCCCCAGUCCUGGCCCAAGUAUUGGGUCCUUGGGAUCAGGUUUGGAGCCUAGUGGUCCCACCGGUCCUGGGGGUCCAGGUGGGCCUGGGGGUCCUACACCUUUCAACCAGAAUCAGCUUCACCAGCUGCGAGCACAGAUCAUGGCAUAUAAGAUGUUGGCUCGGGGCCAGCCUCUUUCUGAACACCUACAGAUGGCCGUACAGGGCAAACGGCCAAUGCCCAGCCUUCCCCCUGGUGCAGGAGGGGGGCCCACAGGAGGUCCCCCUGGACCUGGACCUAUGGGCCCAGGCUUCACACGGACACAUGGAAUGAUAGGCCCCAACAUGCCUCCCCCGGGUCCUUCAGGAGCUCCAUCUGGGAUGCAAGGACAAAACAUGAAUGGACCUCCAAAGUCCUGGCCUGAAGGCCCCAUGGCAAAUGCAGCAGCGCCCUCCAAUGCACCUCAGAAGUUGAUUCCACCACAACCUACUGGCCGCCCCUCUCCUGCUCCCCCCUCUGUCCCCCCCGCAGCCUCCCCUGUGAUGCCCCCACAGACCCAGUCCCCUGGCCAACCAGCUCAGCCUAUCCCAAUGAUGCCUUACCACGCCAAGCAGAACCGCAUUACACCCAUUCAGAAACCUUGUGGCCUGGACCCAGUUGAGAUCCUGCAGGAGAGAGAGUACAGAUUACAGGCUCGUAUCACACAUCGAAUUACUGAACUAGAGAAUCUGCCUGGAUCUCUAGCUGGUGAUCUUCGUACCAAAGCUACUAUUGAACUCAAAGCCCUUCGUCUGCUUAACUUCCAGAGACAGCUGCGUCAAGAAGUAGUGGUGUGCAUGCGCCGCGACACAGCUCUGGAAACUGCUCUUGAUGCUAAAGCCUAUAAGCGGAGCAAGCGCCAGUCUCUGCGAGAAGCCCGUAUCACUGAGAAGCUGGAGAAACAGCAAAAGAUUGAGCAGGAGCGCAAACGGAGGCAGAAACAUCAGGAGUACCUCAACAGCAUCCUACAACAUGCCAAAGACUUCAAAGAGUAUCAUCGUUCAAUCACAGGCAAAAUACAGAAGCUAACCAAAGCUGUGGCCACUUAUCAUGCUAACACUGAACGUGAGCAGAAGAAAGAGAAUGAGCGCAUUGAGAAGGAGAGAAUGAGGAGACUGAUGGCGGAGGAUGAGGAGGGCUAUCGUAAACUGAUUGACCAGAAGAAAGACAAGCGCCUGGCCUACCUCCUACAGCAGACUGACGAGUAUGUGGCCAACCUCACAGAGCUGGUCCGAGCACACAAGGCUGCUCAGGCCCUCAAGGAAAAGAAGAAGAGGAGGAAGAAAAAGAAGAAGCAAAUGGAAAAUGCUGAGGCUGGUCAAGCUCCUCCUCCUACGGUUGGACCAGAUGGCGAGCCUCUGGAUGAGACAAGUCAGAUGAGCGAUCUUCCAGUCAAAGUCAUACACGUGGACAGUGGAAAUAUUCUGACUGGGGUAGACGCACCGAAAGCUGGACAGCUAGACACAUGGCUGGAGAUGAACCCAGGUUAUGAGGUGGCCCCACGCUCAGACAGCGAAGAUAGUGAGGAAGAAGAAGAAGAGGAGGAAGAAGAGGAAGAGCCACAGCCCUCGACAGCACCAGUGGAAGAGAAAAAGAAGAUCACAGAUCCAGAUAGUGAAGAUGUAUCUGAGGUGGAUGUCCGGCACAUUAUUGAGAAUGCCAAGCAGGAUGUGGACGAUGAAUACAGUGGGGCAGCUUUUGCACGCGGUCUUCAGUCCUACUACUCAGUGGCUCACGCUGUCACUGAGAAGGUGGAAAAACAGUCCUCUCUUUUGGUUAAUGGGCAACUCAAACAAUAUCAGAUUAAAGGCUUGGAGUGGCUGGUGUCUCUCUACAACAACAAUCUGAAUGGGAUCUUGGCCGAUGAGAUGGGUUUGGGUAAAACUAUCCAGACCAUUGCACUCAUCACUUACCUCAUGGAGCACAAGCGGCUCAAUGGACCCUACCUCAUUAUUGUACCCCUCUCAACACUUUCUAACUGGGUGUAUGAGUUUGACAAGUGGGCACCAACUGUCGUCAAAGUGUCUUAUAAGGGGUCACCUGCCGCCAGAAGAGCCUUUGUUCCUCAACUUCGGAGUGGAAAGUUUAACGUUCUGCUCACAACUUAUGAGUACAUCAUCAAAGACAAGCAAGUACUGGCAAAAAUCCGAUGGAAGUACAUGGUUGUGGAUGAGGGACACCGUAUGAAGAACCACCACUGUAAACUGACCCAGGUCCUAAACACCCACUACCUGGCCCCUCGUAGGGUGCUGCUCACGGGCACGCCGCUGCAAAACAAACUACCAGAGCUCUGGGCCUUGCUCAACUUCCUCCUCCCCACCAUCUUCAAGAGCUGCAGCACUUUUGAGCAGUGGUUCAAUGCCCCCUUCGCCAUGACUGGAGAGAAGGUGGACCUAAACGAAGAAGAGACUAUACUGAUUAUCCGUCGUCUCCACAAAGUUCUUCGCCCGUUCUUGUUGCGCAGAUUAAAAAAAGAGGUGGAGGCACAGCUUCCAGAGAAGGUGGAAUAUGUCAUCAAGUGUGACAUGUCAUCUCUCCAGAGGGUACUGUACAGGCACAUGCAGGCUAAGGGUGUCCUGCUGACAGAUGGAUCUGAAAAAGACAAGAAAGGCAAAGGUGGUACGAAGACCUUGAUGAAUACUAUAAUGCAGCUCCGGAAGAUUUGUAACCACCCAUAUAUGUUCCAGCAGAUAGAGGAGUCCUUUUCCGAACAUUUAGGAUUCUCAGGUGGGAUAGUACAGGGACCUGACCUGUAUCGAGCUUCAGGAAAGUUUGAGGUUUUGGAUCGAAUCCUACCAAAACUCAGAGCCACAAACCACAAGGUGCUGCUCUUCUGUCAGAUGACCUCUCUGAUGACUAUCAUGGAGGACUACUUUGCUUAUCGCACUUUCAAGUAUCUGCGCCUCGAUGGAACCACAAAGGCUGAAGACAGAGGGAUGUUACUGAAGACUUUUAAUGACCCAGAGUCUGAGUACUUUAUCUUCCUCCUGAGCACCAGAGCUGGAGGCCUGGGCCUCAACCUGCAGUCGGCCGACACUGUCAUUAUAUUUGACUCUGACUGGAACCCACACCAGGAUCUGCAGGCCCAGGACAGGGCCCACAGAAUUGGUCAACAAAACGAGGUGCGUGUGCUGCGCCUCUGCACUGUGAACAGUGUGGAGGAAAAGAUUUUAGCUGCUGCCAAAUACAAACUGAACGUGGACCAAAAGGUGAUCCAAGCUGGCAUGUUCGAUCAGAAGUCCUCCAGCCAUGAGCGCAGGGCUUUCCUGCAGGCCAUUCUGGAGCAUGAGGAGCAAGACGAGGUCUGGGGUCAGGAACAGUGUCUCCGCAUGAAUGAGGAGGAUGAAGUGCCAGAUGAUGAGACAGUCAAUCAGAUGAUUGCUAGGAGCGAGGAGGAAUUUGACCUGUUUAUGCGCAUGGACCUUGACCGGCGCAGAGAAGAAGCCCGUAACCCUCGCCGUAAACCGCGGCUAAUGGAAGAAGAUGAGCUCCCCACCUGGAUCAUGAAAGACGAUGCUGAGGUGGAGCGCCUUACCUACGAGGAAGAGGAGGAGAAGAUGUUUGGAAGGGGGUCAAGACAGAGAAAAGAAGUCGACUACAGUGACUCACUCACAGAAAAACAGUGGCUCAAGGCGAUAGAGGAAGGCACCUUAGACGAGGUGGAGGAGGAGGUAAAACAUAAAAAAACAACCCGCAAAAGGAAGAGGGAUCAUGACCCAGACCUGUCAGGACCCUCCUCCUCUGGGAGCCGAGGGCGAGGGGACAAGGAUGAUGAAUGUAAAAGGCAGAGGAAGAGGGGGAGACCACCUGUUGAGAAGCUCUCUCCCAAUCCACCAGCUCUCACCAAGAAGAUGAAGAAGAUUGUGGAUGCUGUCAUCAAGUACAAAGAUAGUGCCAGUGGGCGUCAGCUGAGUGAAGUGUUCAUCCAGCUUCCUUCUCGGAAAGAGUUGCCAGAGUACUAUGAACUUAUCCGUAAACCUGUGGACUUCAGAAAGAUCAAGGAGAGGAUCAAGAGCCAUCGCUACCGCACUCUGGGCGACCUGGAAAGAGAUGUCAUGCUGCUGUUUCAAAAUGCUCAAACCUUCAAUCUGGAAGGCUCACUUAUAUAUGAAGACUCGAUUGUACUUCAGUCAGUGUUCACAAGCUUGAGACAAAAGAUUGAAAAGGAGGAGGACAGCGAGGGAGAGGAUAGUGAGGAGGAUGAAGAAGAGCAGGAAGAAGGAUCAGAAUCUGAAUCUCGUUCAGUCAAGGUGAAGAUCCGCCUAGGAAGGAAAGACAAAGUAGGAGAUAAAGGAAAGGGACGCAGUCGGCGACCAGGGAGAACGCGAGCCAAACCUGUGGUCAGUGAUGAUGACUCUGAUGAAGAGCCAGAAGAGGAGCGGACCCCCAGUGCCACUGAUGAUGAGGCCUAAACUCCACUGUGUGAUGUGGGGGCAAAAAGACAGGUUACUGGAUUUUAUAUCAUAAUAUCUUGGAUUGAGAUAGUCAAAGUGGACUGUGUGUCCAGUCCACCUGUUUAAAUUCUGAUAAAACCACUUAAUUGACUGCACAAUGGUUAAAUUAAGAUUACAGUAUUAUAAAAUUUAGAGGAGCUAACAUCAAACAAUGCUGCUAAAGCUGUUACUGAUUGUGUAAAUGGAAAAUCUAGUCAGUGUUUACUCUACAAAUGAUUGCUUUUUCCUGUUUUUCAUGUUUUGGGUAGUAAUAUUGAUAUUUUUGUUAUUAGUAGUUCCUUGCACACUUCUUCAACCAAAAUAUGAAGGGAUGAUCCAGACAGGGUAGUGUUGUGUUCAUAUCCAGCUAGUACCACAGAUUUUAUGUGAGUCUGGCAUCAACAGAUCUGGUGUUUUUGCUCCUGCUCCUUCACGGCAGCGAUAUGUUGCAACAGUAUCGUCUGGUCUGGCCCCUAGGAGCUGCUGUGAUUACUGAAGUGUGUGUACAUCACAUAUUUGUGACCAGUGCUCACUGUUUGACUUGGAAAUGUGGUCUGUGGUUUCCCUGAUUCUAAGAAGCUGUUGAGCAACUUGAUUUGACUGAAUGUGUUUGGGGAGGAUCUUUAUUUAUUAUGUACUGUAAAUAGAGUCUAGUACUGUUUCAAGACUAGUCCACUUUGCUGCUGCCGCUCUAUCAUUAUUCAAUCCCAACUGCUGAUUGUAGAAUUAACAAAUUUCAUUACUGAGUGCUGUAACUUUAAUUGCUUCUCCGUUGUGUGGUGAUUUUGUGUUUCAGAUCUGUUCAAUGUACAUGAGCACUUUUUAUUGUUUAUUGAUUUCCAAGAAAACGACCAGAGAGACAGUGGCUCCUCUCUGUUGUGAUAGCCCCAUGGCUGUAUGGUGUUGCAUAUUUUGUUGUAAUUUUUAGAAAAUGCCAUUGCACGUGUGUGCAGCUCUACUUUGGCUCAGUACUUUAGUCAUUAUGGUAGACAUUUAGAGAAAAGAGCAUACAACCAAAGCAUACACUUUUUCUCCACAUAUUUAUAUCUGUCUGUUAUGUGGUAGUGUGUUAAUGUUGCUGCAGCUCAAGUCUAUUAAAGCAUAACAAUUUAGUAAACCAUUUACUCUGUUUGAUGUACAUUUACCCGAUUUAUUUUGUAUUGAAUCUGUAAUACCUUUCUUCACCACUAAGAGGAGUCAUGACACUGCUGGAACAUAAUGGCCUACUAUUUAUCUAUGUCUCAAAAUUAUAUAGUAAGCUAUAGUCAUUGAUUUAUAUAUUGUUGUGUCGCAUAU